AUGUGUGGAGCUAUUGUUUUAUGCAUAACAAUUAGGUUUUUGUUUUUACCUUUUUCUAUAGUGUGUAACAUUGAUGGCGUCUGUAGUGGUGUCUGUAAUAUUGAUGGUGUCUGUAAUGACGUCUGUAAUAUUGAUGGCGUCUGUAGUGGUGUCUGUAAUAUUGAUGGUGUCUAUAAUGAGGUCUGUAAUAUUGAUGACCUCUGUAAUAUUGAUGGCGUCUGUAGUGGUGUCUGUAAUAUUGAUGGUGUCUAUAAUGACGUCUGUAAUAUUGAUAGUGUCUGUUAUAUUGAUGGCAUCUGUAAUAUUGAUGGUGUCUGUAAUGACGUCUGUAAUAUUGAUGGUGUCUGUAAUGACGUCUGUAAUAUUGAUGGUGUCUGUAAUGACGUCUGUAAUAUUGAUGGUGUCUAUAAUGAGGUCUGUAAUAUUGAUGACCUCUGUAAUAUUGAUGGCGUCUGUAGUGGUGUCUGUAAUAUUGAUGGUGUCUAUAAUGACGUCUGUAAUAUUGAUGACCUCUGUAAUAUUGAUGGCGUCUGUAGUGGUGUCUGUAAUAUUGAUGGUGUCUGUAAUGACGUCUGUAAUAUUGAUGGUGUCUGUAAUAUUGAUGGUGUCUGUAAUAUUGAUAGUGUCUGUAAUAUUGAUGGUGUCUGUAAUGACGUCUGUAAUAUUGAUAGUGUCUGUAAUAUUGAUGGUGUCUGUAAUGACGUCUGUAAUAUUGAUGGUGUCUGUAAUAUUGAUGGUGUCUGUAAUAUUGAUAGUGUCUGUAAUAUUGAUGGUGUCUGUAAUGAUGUCUGUUAUAUUGAUGGCAUCUGUAAUAUUGGUCUGUAA